AUGCGGCCCAGCACGAUCCUCCAGCACGGGCUCCUCAGCCUCCUCGCUGGGCGCACCCUCGCCGAGGAGGCCCUCAACGCCACCAUCGCCGCCUCCUCGGCAGCAGCCCUGGGCAUCAACUGCCGGGGCAGCGGCUACUGCGACUACUUCACCGACUACACCUCCCGCGAGCUCUGGAAGGUCAUCGAGAACCGCAUCGACCCCAACCGCUGGUACAACGACGGCCAGCAGGUCGCCUGCGCCGGGUACGAGCAGCUCACCGCCGCGGGCAAGGCCUGGUGGCUCUCGACGGGGCUCUGGUACUCGGGCGUCUGCGCCUUCCUGCAGAACACGGGCGGCUGGCAGGGCAAGAAGUUCCAGGAGCUGGCGGGCUACAUCGUGCUGCACGAGUGCGAUGUCUGCGGGAGCGUACCGACGGACUACCCUGCCGGCAAUGACGUCUCCAAGGGGGAGCUGACGUUUAACUUUGUCACAAACUCUUGCUCGAGAAAGGAUAGCACCGAUGUCUGUUAUUAA